AUGGACUUCUACGGCGGAUAUAAUAAUGGUGCUCUCGAGUAUGGUAUGUUUUUCUUUGUUGUUGAUUUUAUUUUUAGUUUUAUAACGAUUUGUUUUACAAAAGUAGGUUAUCUUUGAAAAAGUUGUUUGAAAUGUUACCUAAAUUUUUAAAUUUAGGUAUGAAAUAUUGUGUUUUUUAGAUAUGUACAGCCGAGUCAGGAUGAGCAGUUCCAGAGUAAGGAACGCUUUGUUCCCUGACUUUCCCACCGAACCAAUCGAAGAUUCACCGUCGUUCUUGGAUCAGUUGGCUGGACCGUCUUUGGAAGCUCAGAAUGCUGUGAUUGACUUUCUGAAUGCUCCAGACGAAAUGGAAAGAUUGGGACAUGCAAUUGGGGAGUGCAUUAGGAACUUGGGUAGCCGUGAUGCCAACCUUAUUCUUAGUGGAUUAAGUAACAUCUACAGCCUGGCCCAACGUCCAGGGAUCGCAGAACAAAUGGCAGCCGAUGAGGAAUUAUUAAAGGCGCUGAUUAAAACACUAAAGUGAGUGGUUAGGUUGAAUUGUACUUUACAUUUUAGUUAUGAUGAUGAGGAGAUUCAAGCGAAUGCUCUGAAGGCAUUGGCCGCUCUUUCGGCUUCAGCUCCAGCUCGAAUUUGCAUAUUCAGAAGUGGCGGGAUUCCAGCAUUGGUUCGUAUGUUGGGGAGUCGAGACGAAGCUGUGGGAAGAUACGCUGUACAGACACUACACAAACUUUUACAAUACGUAGAGCCUGCCAAAGACGAGAUUAUAGCUGAGCGUGGUCUAGAAGCAUUCGUUCCUUUGCUACUGGAUUCCAACGUCAAGGUUCAAGCUCUUGUAGCAGAUUGUUGCUACUACUUAUUGUUUGAGAGACCUAUUUGCAAGGAAAGGUUUUAUCAACUUAACGGAAAUGAGUUGUUGUUGAGGAUUCUGGAUACUCGCUAUGACUAUUUGAAGGUUAUCUACCCCGUGUUACGAUGCCUCAAUUGUGUCAGCACGGAGCCGAAAAACAAGGAGCAGCUUGUUGAGAUUGGUAGGACCGCAGCUUCAGUUUUUACAGUUUGUUAACAAACGGUUUUUGGAAGUAAAUCCAUUUGUUGAUAACACAAUGUAAAAUAUGUGAUUUCAGGCACUUUGGAUGCUCUACAUCAAUAUCUGCACAAGAUAAACGAUCCCAAAUGGAAGCUUACACUCUUGAACACAAUAAGAAAUUUGUCAGAUGCAGCUACGACCGUUGAUACAUUGAGUGGGUUGGUUCGCGACCUCCUUGGUAUGUUGAAACACACAUCGGAUGAUAUCACUGUCAGCUGUAUCUGUGGCAUUCUUUCUAAUCUCACUUGUAAUAACAUAAACAACAAGAAGACCGCCACUUUGAGUGGAGGGAUCGAGAUCCUAGUAGCUGUUGGGGGAGCCUUCUCUCAUAUCGAGGAUGUAACUGAACCUACCUUGUGUACGAUCAGACAUUGUACGAUUCGUCAUGAUCUUGCCGACCAAGCUCAGUCAGAAUUGUGUCAUCUGACUCACGGUCUCCAGAUCAUUCUUUGUUUGUUGGCUACGAGAAGGCCUCCAAUAGUGAAGGCGGCGUUGGGCGUGGCUAGAAACUGUGCCAUUAGAGAAUCGAACAGAAGAGCGCUUCUGAUGGAACGAACGCCAACUCGAGAUGGGGUGGUGAAUGUUGCGAUUGAGGUUUUGUUACACUCUGGAGAUGAGUUGACUAGGGAGUUCGACGCUCUGACAGAGGGAGUGUCACUUCUGGAGUUGGUGGAGACUACCGUGUCUUUGCUUCAUCAGCUGACGAAGGAGGUAGAGAUAGCUGAAGCAUUAUACACUAGACAGGAUAUUAUGAUGAUAUUGGUGUCUCUGAUCAGCAUUGACAAGAUCAACCAGGCUGAAGAAUGCCUUGUGCUGAGAGAGGUCAUGGGCAUUUUCUAUCACAUCACUAAAACAGCUGAAGGGGCUAGAGUUCUGGAGCACAGUGGCGCCGUUCCUUACAUCUCUUUUGCUUACAGAUCCAAAGAUCACGCAGUUGGUAAGUUUAGGUAUCUUUUUGUUGAUUUAUCAUAUAUGCCACAAGAUUUACUUUUUUCUUAUAGUAACAUACGCAAAAGCCAUCCUCCGCCAAUUGGGUAUGGAGGAGCGACCUCUGCCUGGAUAUCAACAUAACUCCCACAGUUCGACCGAUACAUUGGGAUCGAAUGGUCGCAUAGUACAGCAAGAGUAUAUAGGGCAUGGUGGAUGCAUCAAUGAAGGACUGGAGCCUGAAUUGUUCCAGGAGAUGUAUUCUCCAACCUUGGGGGAGAUGCGACAUGAUCACAUCGAAGGUCAUCAUGGCAACUCCUGGUUUGAUACAGAUGUUUAA